AUGGAUGAAAUAGCAUAUAAAUUAGAAUCGACGAAUCCUGUAUUAAUAUCACACGUAAGUUGCUCGUUUCUUCUGCAACUGUUAUUUAUCACAUGGUAUAUUCAACUUCAAUGUAUCUCUCUACGCAGGCAACGUCUAAACUCUUUGAAUCUAUUAAGAAAAAGAAGUGCGAGCAACAAAUGGAUCAUAUUUCUAAGGUAAAAUACGUUCGAUUAUCAUACUUCGCUUUUAAUUUUCUGAUUUACUAAUUCUGUUCGUUCAUCGAUUUAAGCAGAUACCCGAGUUUAAGUUAUUACUAACAAAAAAGGAUAGUACGAAUGUCACGCUUAGUAUAUCCGCCUGUCAAGCCUUAAUUGCUCUGGUUGAAAAUGGAUUAUGGAACAUUAACGAGGCAUUAUCUACAUUUAUUUCGAGUAUCUCUUCUAUAAAAAAUUAUAUGGUUGCUACAACAACCAUGAGUCAUUUGUUAAUAUUAGAUUUAAAACGCAGUACAGAAAAUGAAACUAUAUAUCCAUUUACAUUACAUACACCACAACACCCUUUUAUCAUCAUUUUAAAUCAAAACAAAGAUAGUUGGCAGACUAUAUUAAGUCAAAUGACAUUUAUUCUGAAUCAUCAAGAUACCCGGAUUAAAAACAAUAGUAUAAAAAUGUUACGACCAGUAUUUUUGUAUAUUUUAUGCAAUCCUUCGUCAAAUUCAUUGGAUUGCUGUAUGCAACAAGUUUGGCAACUGUUAAUUAAAUCAAAGCAUGAUUCACAUGUGCAGACUGAAAUUUUAUUUUGGUUGUGUACAGUGGAAAAUCAUUCUUGCAUAAAUACAAACUAUAGAAUCUUAGAGCUUGCAGAAAAAGCUUCUUUAGAAAAAAAUAGGGAAUAUUGUACAGCUUUAUUACCGAUAAUUGUGUCUUUGACUAUACAAUUAUUGAAACAAGGUUCUGAUCCAGAACCAAAUUUUCAUGUUAUAUUUCUCAUCAUAGACCACUGUGAUAAUUAUAUAGGAAAUCUCAUGUUAACGUUAAUGGCAGAAGUAAUUGCUUUAUGUCCAGCUAUUUAUUUGCAUAGUGUGAGAAUAAUAAAGAAAAUGUCUUACGACGAUAUAUUUUUUAAUACUUUGAUAGCGACUAUUGUGAAAUGGAUUGCAUAUCCGUCUGUAUUAUGUUCUACGGCAUUAGACAUGGCGAAAGAUUUAGCUAACCAGAUGUUUGUAAAAACAAGAUUAACGUGCGAUAACGAGAUAAUAUUCUCAAAUAAACUCUUUACAGUUUUUUUCCAUUCCGAUCCAUACAUUCAAUUUUAUACGGAGUUAGUGCAUUGCUUGAGUAUCUGGAAUCAGAAUGAUAUAUUAUCAUGGUUGAACAAUAUGUCACGCGCACCGAUUUACAUAAAAGACAAAUGUAAACUAUUGAUAUCUGGUCUUCUUUUACAGUCAAACGAUUCAUUGAUAGUCAAACCAUGUUGUAAUAUUCUCGUUAAUGUUAGCAAAGAAACAAAAAAUUUCGGAUCACAUGUACUCUCAUUGAUAUUGCACAAAUUAACUAAAUGUAAAAGCAGUACAGAAUCUAAAUGUUUGUUGCUAGUUAUACCGGAGCUUAUGAUUGUGAAGGAGAACGUACCGAUUGUUAAUCAUACCUUGAACGGAUUGUUAAACGGUGACAAGCAACUGAAAUAUUUUAUGAUAGAACUAUAUCUGGAAGCAUUGAAAAGAGAACCAAGAUGUUACAGAUUUCUUUAUGCUGCGAUAAUCAAAUUGAUGGAAAACGAUAUCUCCUGGUAUUCGGAUGCGACUUGUGCAAGAGCCACGAAAUAUAUUUGUGAAAAUUAUCCUGAACAUGGGGAAAAAUUGAUACCUUUUAUAUUGCAGAUAUUGAAUCGUUCAACGAGCAUGAACGGUGGAACCGCAAGCGCGCUCGCGCUUGAAUGUAUUUCUGCUCUCUGUAAAGCAUCUGUAAUAGACAUUUGCACAACGUGGAAAGUUCUAGCACCGAAAAUGGAAAAAGAGAAGCGGCCUGUUGUUUUAAAAAGCUUGUGCAAACUACUCGGUGAUGUGGCAUUCUACACACCUUCUCAAUGCCUUGAAAAACACCACCAAGUCAUCGAUGAUAUUGUAUCGAGAUUAUGGAAUUACGCAACUUGGAAUGAUGUAAAAGUAAUCAACUCUGCGCUUGAAGCUCUAGCUUCAUAUCAUCUAGAGCAAUUAUCCUUGAAAACACUACCCAUAGAAUUUAGAUGUAAUCUCACGUUACCAGCAACGUAUGCAAAAACAGCGACCGACGAGAUGAAAAAGCCAGAGGAUAUACUUCCAUAUAUACCUAGUAUUUGUUGGAUUCAAAUGCUUCAAAACAUAAAUAAAAUGGCUUUGCCAGCAGCUGGUAAUCUUUUAAUUUCCUUCAUAACAGAAGAAGUAAGCAACUUCCGAUCCGGCAUUUAUAUGUGGCCUCAAGGAGAACCGCAGAAUUUUAAGUAUCUACCAGAAAAAAGCGUAAUCAGAGCGGUCGGUGAAUAUUUGAGAAAAUCUAAUAAAUCCGAUUCAAGCAAUCAUCGUAUAAUUAUGGAAUGUUUACGAAUAUUUGCUCAUAAAUAUCCAAAGCCAUUACCCAAUAUAAAUUGGAAUUUUCUAAAGAAUACUUUUGACCUGUCGGCCGAAGCAAAAAAAUAUACUCUUUCUAUCGCGUGUCAUCAUGCGACGAUAUCUUUAUCUUCAAAAUCUUUUGUAGAAAAUUAUUUGUCAAUGUACAAAUCUAUAAACAAUGCAGCAGAUUUCGUUUGGGAGGACAAUGAACAUUCUGUAUUAUAUUUAAAUCUUGAAGAUUUGUGCCAAACUGUACAACCAAAUAUCAUUAAACCGUUCUUAGAAACUACGUUAGAACAUGUAAUUAAAAAAAUGAACGUUGAUAAUGAAAAUUCGAUACAGUUGUUUCAUUGCAUCAUGACUUCUUACGCUCAGACAUUGAGAAAUCCAGAAGUAUGCCAUGCUAAUUCUACAUUGCUUUCCACUAUGUUGGAAGAACUUCUGGACAAAAUAGAUUUAACAUGCGAUCGGUUUGGUUCUUUCUUCACAGCAGUUUUGGAAUUACCAAUUAAGCAAUUAGAAAGAAUGACAUCUCCUGAAGUGUGGUGGGAAACAAUGCCCAGUAAAUUAAAGAAUGCAAUCGCGAUCAGAGCCGAAUUGGCUUUAAGGAAAUCUAAUGCCAAAGCUCCCUUAACAUGGUUGAAGGAAAUCAUCGAUGAAACUGUUACUUCUACAUCUAGUGUACAAACAUAUUUUCUCGAAACUAUACAAAAAGUACAAACGAAUAUGCAUUUCGAAAGAUCAAAUUCAAAUUGGAUUCUGGACCUUAUGACACAGGUUCAAGGAUUUUUAAUGGAAUCAUCGCAAAAUUACAAUGAUAAAAUACAAUUCUAUUGUAAUGUUUUAUUUGUCUCUAUUGUUAGUUUAUCUGGCAUAGAUUCCAUGUUAAUGAAACAAGAUGAAAUAAUUAAAUCACAAGAUGUCAGAAUAAAAUUAUUUCCUCAAGCUCUAAUGGUUCUUUCCAAUAGAGAGAAUUGGAAACAUGUAAUUCCACAGGUAAUGGAAUGGUUAAAUUAUAUGAGAACAAGUGAUAUUUCUAAUACAUAUAAGUACACGUUUCAUCGAGCAUUGAUUUGCUUAAGACAUAAUCCAUAUUAUAAAAAUGUAUGGACUAAAUAUUUAUCGAUUAAAACUGACAUCGAUAUUUAA